AAUAGCAUAUUAAGUCAGUUUAUUUAAAUAUCUCAAGUAUACUUAGUACUUAAAUUACUUGAAAAUUACAAAAAAUGUUUGCAUUCAUGGAAAAUGUAGAGAAGCCGCCUCUGGGCAACCGAAAGUCGUACAUGCCCAUCACAGAAGCCAGGUUAAUAGACGAUGUCGAGAGGUACAUUGCCCAGCCGGAGUUCUCUUCGGAUGUCCAAGUGGCCCUGAAGCUGCAACGCAUCUUCUAUUUGCAGUACAGCGAGCUGGCUGCCAAGUUGGAGACUGAUCUCGCUGCGGUGCUAACGCGUUUGGAUGCUGCCAAGAGUAACUUGGAACUGGUGAAGAAGUUCAUGGACAAUCCGGGCGAGGAGUUCCAGAGUCUGAUGCAAGUAGCCCAGGGAGUAUUCCGAUGGGUGACCGUUUUGCCAGUGGAAAAGGUUACCCUUCAAGUGGGUACGGCACUGCAAAUGAAGUUUGACCUGCCCGAGGCUGAGGAAUUCAUUAGAAAGGACAUUACAAGCCUGGUGAAGCAGCGGCUGCAGCAUGAGCACGAUAUUGACUUUCUGCAGGAUCAGGUCAACACAAUCGAGAUGAACCUGGCUGUUUUGUAUAAACAUGGUGUCGAUAAGCAAAAGCGAGUUACGCAAGGUGGCUUGAGGGGCCCUUAUGGUCCUUAGUAUUUUGUAGUUUUCAAAUUCUUUGUGUUUAAAGAGUCAUAUCUUUCAAAUUUUUCGUUUUUUAUUUAAUUUAUUUAAGGAGUUU